AUGGGCCUACUGAAUUCAGCUGACAAGGAAAAGAUCAAGCGAGCGCUUCCCAAGAGCUCCAACAAGAUAGUAGAUGUCACCGUUGCACGAUUGUACAUUGCAUACCCCAACCCACAAGAGUGGACAUACACCGGCCUUUCGGGUGCCGUGGCACUAGUGGACGACGUUGUGGGCCACACGUUCUUCCUGAAGCUGAUCGACAUCCAGGGACAUCGCGGCGUGCUGUGGGAUCAGGAGCUUUACGUCGGCUUCGAAUACAAUCAGGACCGCACUUUUUUCCAUACGUUUGAGCUCGAGGACUGUCUCGCGGGGCUUCUCUUCGAAAACCUGGACGAAGCGUCGCACUUCCUCAAGCGCGUCAACAAGCGCGAGAAAUACGGCUCCAAGAAGACGCUCUCCAACAAAAACGCAAUCGCGUUGACCAAAAAGCUGACGCAGGAGCAGGAGAGCCAUAUUGUCCACGGCCCCCGUGGAGAGUCUCUCAUUAGCGACCAAAGGCAGCGGUACAACAUCCAGGACGCCGCGCCCAUGCCUAGUACAAAGAAAAAGGCUCCUCCUCCGCCUCCGCCUUCUAGCUUCUCCAGCCAGCCCACGCAGUCGCCUUUCAGUGCUGCGGGUGAACAAGAAACCGAUAGUGAUUUCGCAAGUUUGGCCACAUCAGUCUCCAGCACGCCAGCACCUCCACCGCCUGCUGGACCGCCUGAAAUUCCUCUCACAAUUCCUCCUGCCCCAGCUGCCCCAGCUCCAGCGCCGGUCGCACCCGCACCCGCUACUCCGGCUCCGCAACACUCAAGAACUAACCCGUUCCCCUCGCCGACCCCACAGAGCCCCGGGAACACCCCUAACACGCAUUCCUCUAAUCCAUUUCCAAUUCCCACCCCACAGGGCGCCCAAAACACAAAAUCUUCUAAUCCGUUCCCAUUCCCCAUUCCUCAGGCGCCGCAGGGCUUUACCCCGCCUCCACCGCUACCGCAAGCGAGUCGGCCAUCGCAGGCCCCACCGCUGCCACAAGCAAACAGGCCAUCACACCCCGCACCCCCAUCUUACAACUCUCGCCCACUUCCUAGUGUGCCACCAAGGGCGAAUGCUCCCCCAGCACCCCCUCCAAGAAGGGGAGGCGCCCCACCACCUCCACCACCCAGAGCUGUCUCACACGCUACAGGGUCCUCCAUGCCGCCUGCUCCGCCUUCGCGUAAUUUCUCUGGUGGUCGCCCCGGUCCACCCCCACCACCAAGGCGAGGCGCCGCUCCUCCUCCGCCUCCCAGAUCGAUGCGGGUCUCGUCAACUCCCGCACCCCCACAACCACCCACCUCCUUCUCUUCUCCGCCACCAAUGCAUACGUUCCCAGGGCAGCAAACUACCGCACCCACUACUGCGGCAAUACCGCCACCACCACCGCUCUCGAUGCAAAUGGCCCCUCAGCAGAUGCCCGCCAUGCAUCAGGCAGCGCCUACUGGAGGUGCCAUUCCGCCAGCGCCGCCAGCACCACCCAUGCCGCCACAACAGCCUUCGUCACAGACAGCUUUUGGUGGCAGUUCGGGCUCUGCUCCACCUCCACCACCACCGCCUCCUGCUAUGCCUACCUCAAACCAGGCAGCGGCAGCGCCCCCACCACCUCCUCCUUUCCUCGCCCAACAACAACCUGCUAGCCAAUCCCAGGGUAAUGGUUUCACUGAGGCUACCGGUGACACAGGAAGAGAUGCGCUACUUGCCUCCAUUAGAGGCGCGGGUGGCAUCUCAGCUCUCCGUAAAACUGACAAGUCACAACUAGAGAAGCCAUCGACUUUGCUGCAAGAGGCGCGCGGCGAGCCGGUGGCACCGACCUCGACAGGCAACUCCGCGGGUCCAGCUAAUGGAGGGGGCGGCCCAUCAUCUUUGGCGGAUGCGCUAGCCGCGGCAUUGAACCAGCGGAAGAGUAAGGUGGCGCGCGACGACGACGAUUACGACAACGGUGACGACUGGUAA